AGCAAUUAGAGAGACAAAAAUAUGCGUUAUGUUUGGUAUUUGUUUGGUAUUAAAUAUGCUUGCCAGUAGAGGUUGUUUCACUGUAAAGGGUGGGAGAAAAGAAGCAUUAGAGAUAAAAGAAGAUGACCCCUCAACUGCAUUAAUAAUGGUGGAUAACAAAAAUAAUUAAAUGGAGAAACUGCAGCCUGUCUUUCCUUUCCAAACACCCCACCACAUCUCAAGGCAAGCAAGGAGAGAGCCUCUUUGGUGGGUUCCAAUCUACAGCUUUCUUUAUUCUGGUUCAGAUUGGUUCAAAGAAGAGAACAGAGAUACCAUGCCUUUCGGGUUAGUCUCAGCAUGGAACAAGCGCAAGAAAACUAAAUCAGCUGCUGAUCAUAAUUACCCUUGGAUAUACAAACCUCUGGAGUAUUGGCAACUCCCGCUCUCGAAAAGACCCCAAGGAUCAUCAGUUUUCACACUCAAGGAAAUGGAGGAAGCAACAAAUUCUUUCUGCGACGAGAAUUUAAUUGGGAAAGGAGGAUUUGGCAGGGUUUACAAAGGCACUCUGAGGUCAGGAAAGGUUGUUGCAAUCAAGAAAAUGGACCUACCACAGUUUAAAGAAUCAGAAGGGGAGCGCGAGUUUCGUGUUGAAGUUGACGUGUUGAGCAGACUGGACCAUCCAAAUCUGGUUUCUUUAAUUGGCUAUUGUGCUGAUGGGAAGCAUAGGUUUCUAGUUUACGAGUACAUGCAAAACGGGAACCUGCAAGAUCACCUAAACGGAAUUGGAGAGGUAAAGAUGGAAUGGCCUUUAAGGCUCAAAGUGGCACUUGGAGCAGCAAGAGGACUCGCUUACCUCCAUUCAAGUUCUGAUGGUGGGAUUCCCAUUGUUCAUAGAGACCUUAAAUCCACCAACAUUCUUUUGAACACCAACUUUGAAGCGAAGAUAUCAGAUUUUGGGCUUGCCAAGUUUAUGCCUGAGGGUGAGGAAGCCUAUGUUACUGCUAGAGUACUUGGCACUUUUGGCUACUUUGAUCCCGAGUACACAUCGACAGGUAAACUCACCUUACAAAGUGACGUCUAUGCAUUUGGAGUUGUUCUACUUGAACUAUUGACGGGAAGGAGAGCUGUGGACCUGAACCAAGGACCCAACGAUAAAAACCUUGUUCUCCAGGUGAAGCAUAUCUUACAUGACAAGAAAAAGCUGCGUAAGGUGAUUGAUCCAGAGAUGAGCAGGAGUUCCUACACAGUGGAGUCUAUGGCAAUGUUCGCAAAUCUAGCAUCGCGCUGUGUCCGUUCUGAAAGCUCAGAGAGGCCCUCAAUGGCAGAAUGUGUAAAAGAACUUCAACUCAUUUUCUAUACAAAUUCAAAAGGCUUGGGAAUGACUAUGCAUACAUUAAGAAUGAUCUAGAAUGCCAGUAAAACUGCUAGGCAGUAAGAUCAAAUAUGGUUUAUAAAAUUCCUCCAAAAUCUUGUUCUAACAAAAGGUUAUGGAAGACCUAUAAGCUUAUCAGUACUGAUAACAAGAUUUUGAGAUGGGACACAAUCCAAGACUUGUAUGAUAUGACAAAGAAAUCAAUUAACCGGAGAUGGUUUUCUUAAUAAUUGAAAGAACUGAAAAGGGGCAGAAAGGAGAUUCAACAACAGAAGGGAAUAUUUCAAAUACGAUGUGGGUUCUUAGUAACAUCAUUUGGUUCUAAAGUGUAUCACUUAGUGGCUUCCGUUUUUCAUGAUUGUAAGUAAAUUAUCUAAGAAGCACGACAAGAAAGCUGCAACACUUUUAUGAAUAAAGAUCGCAUCAAGUUCUG